AUGGCCUCCUGGACACCACAGCAAGCGGGGCUGCAGGAGAUCCUGCAGACCAUCCACGACUCCACCGACACCCGCAAUACUGUCACCCAGCGCGCCAUCACCCAUAAAUUGAACAACUUCACGCGCGCCCCCGACUACAUCGCCUACCUCGCCUACAUCCUCUCGGCAAUGCCCCAAGAGGACGACCGGAUCCGUACCAUUGCGGGCUACCUGCUCAAGAACAAUGCUCGCCUCAUCCUCCGUGCCUCUCCCGAGGUCAUUGCGUAUGUCAAGUCUGCAGUACUCGCCGCCUUCAGCGACCAGUCGAGCAUGAUCCGGAACGCUGCCGCACAGGACGUCGUCCAGUUCCUCGGCAUCCUCGAGCCCAGGCACUGGCCAGAGUGUCUCCAGCAGCUUGUUCACCUGCUGGAUUCCCCGAACGCGGAGAUGCAAGAGGCGGCAUUCAACACGCUCGAGAAAGCGUGCGAAGACUACCCGCGCAAGCUCGAUGUCGAAAUCGAAGGCACCAUGCCCCUGGACUUUAUGAUCCCCAAAUUCCUCGUCCUCUCCGAACACCCCUCCUCCAAAAUGCGCGCCCACGCCAUCGCCUGUCUCUCCUACUUCGUCCCCAUCGGUUGCCAGGCGCUUUUCGCGCACCUAGACACGUUCAUCGCGUGCCUCUUCAAGCGGGCCUCGGACGAAGAUUCCACAGUGCGGCGACACGUCUGCCAGGCCCUCGUGCUCCUCCUCGCGUCACGCCCGGAGAAGCUCAUGCCCGAGAUGAACAACGUCGCCGAGUACAUGCUCUACUCGACGAAGGACAAGCACGAGAACGUCGCGCUCGAGGCCUGCGAGUUCUGGCUCACGUUCGCCGAAGAUCCCGACCUCGCCCCCUACCUGCACCCGCUCCUCAACAAAGUCGCCCCCGUGCUGCUCGACUGCAUGGUCUACACCGAGGACGACCUGCUCUGGCUCCAGGGCGGCGAGGAGGAGGACGCGGCGGUACCCGACAAGGAGACCGAUAUCAAGCCCCGCCACUACGGCGGCAAAUCGCACGGGCUCGAGCACGACGGCGGUGCGGCGGCGAACGGGGAGAACGGCGGCGGCGACGGCGCGAAGCGCGUGGGCGCGUACGGCGAGGAGGUGGCGGAGGGCGACGACGAUGACGACUACGACGACUACGAAGACGACGACGAGUUCGCGGACGAUAUGACGACCGAGUGGAACCUCCGCAAGUGUGCCGCGGCUGCGCUCGACGUCCUCGCCGUCCGGUUCGGGCCCGACCUCAUGAACGUCCUGCUGGAGCCGUUGCGGGCGAAGCUGUGGAGCGAGGACUGGCUGCAGAGGGAGAGCGGCAUCUUGGCUUUGGGCGCGAUGGCGGAAGGCUGUAUCGAUGCUAUCGAACCUCAUCUUCCUACCCUCGUCCCCUACCUCAUCAACACCCUCAACGAUUCUAAGCCCCUCGUCCGAUCAAUAACGUGCUGGACCCUUGGAAGAUACGCCAGUUGGUGUACUCAGAUGGUCUCCGACGAGCACAAGAACCAGUUUUUCAUCCCCACGCUCGAAGGGCUCCUUCGAAUGGUUCUCGAUAACAACAAGCGUGUACAAGAAGCCGGAUGCAGUGCCUUUGCGACGCUCGAAGAGGACGCUGGCCCCGAGCUCGCGCCCUAUUUGGAACCAGUGCUCCGCAAUCUGGUCUUCGCGUUCGACAAGUACCAACACAAGAACAUGCUCAUCCUGUACGAUGCUGUCGGCACCCUUGCGGAUGCAGUCGGAUCAGCGUUGCAGAAUCCGACCUACGUCGAGAUUCUCAUGCCUCCCCUCAUCCAGCGGUGGCACAAGCUCAAGGAGGACGACGAGGACAUCGUCCCAUUGCUCGAGUGCCUAGCGUCCGUGACCAUCGCGAUGGGCCCCUCUUUCUUGCCGUACGCAAGCCCGAUCUUCAACCGCUGUCAUACGAUCGUCAACUCGCAACUGCUCCAGUACCAGACGUAUCAGCAGAACCCGGACAUGGACGAGCCCGACCGCUCCUUCCUCGUCGUCGCUCUCGAUUUGCUCUCCGGCCUCACCCAAGGUCUCGGCAUUGCCCUCGAACCGCACAUCAGCCAGUGUCAACCGAGCCUGCUCUCCCUCCUCACCGUCUGUCUCAAGCACCCCCACGCUGCGGUCCGCCAGUCGGGCUAUGCGCUUGUCGGCGACAUGGCCAUGAACUGCUUCCCACUCCUCCGCCCGCACGUCCCACCGAUUAUGCACGAGCUCCUCGCACAGCUCGAUCCCGAGCCGAAGGUCGAGUUUAUCAGCGCAUGCAACAACGCUGCCUGGGCUGUUGGUGAGGUCGCUCUCCGCUUCGGACUUAAUGAUCCCGAGUUCCAGCAAUGGGUCCUUCCACUCGUCUCUCGCCUGAUCCCGAUCCUCUUGCACCCCAAGGCGCCGCGCAGCUUACACGAGAACGCGGCGGUUUCGAUCGGGCGGAUCGGGCUCAUGCACCCAGGCGUUGUCGCGCCCCUCCUGCCCGAUUUCGCGCAGGCGUGGUGUCAAGCACUGUACGAAAUCCGCGACAACGAGGAGAAGGACUCUGCGUUCCGUGGCAUGUGCACCCUCGUCCACCACAACCCCACAGGGAUCGCGAAGAGCUUGUUGUGGUUCUGCAACGCGAUCGUUCGUUGGAACCAGCCCUCGCCGGAACUCAACCAGAUGUUCCAAGACCUCUUAACCGGCUUCAAGCAGCAAGACCCGGCCGGCUGGUCUUCGGCCGUCGCGACGUUCCCCCCUGUCAUCCAGGAGCGACUUGCUGCCCGUUACGGCGUCUAA